AUGGCGACAACAACCUUCUCGAAGCUCUUGGUCUUUGCUGCCCUUGUUUUUGUUGGGCAGGCCGCUCUAGUAACGAAACCGGACGGUCCGAUCGUUCGAACACGGUAUGGACACGUGCGGGGCAUGUACGUGGAGGAAGGGGCCAUCUUCCUCGGUCUCCCGUUCGGGGUUCCUCCGGUAGGCGAGCUGCGCUGGAAGCCUCCUUGGGCGUACAACAAGUCCUGGGCGCCCGAAGUUCGCGACGGCACCGUGCCGGGUCCGGCAUGCCGACAGCCAGGGUGUGGACCGACCGAAAUCGACUAUCAGCACACUUGUAAUCGAGACAAGAACAGAACGCAGAGUGAAGACUGUCUGUACCUUAACGUUUUGGUGCCUAGACCCGUUGUACUGUACUCUACUGUCAGACUACCUGUUAUGUGUUGGUUUCAUGGCGGGGAUUUUAUAGUCGGCACUGGCUCUGCUAUGGUGUAUGAUGGGCGGAUUUUGGCCAACAAAACCAACACUGUCGUGGUAACGACCAACUACAGACUCGGGGUUUUCGGCUACCUGGUGACCGGCGAGGGGGAAGACGAGGCCAGGGGAAACUACGGGACAUUAGAUCAGAUCAGAUUGAGGCACUGA